UUCUUUGUCCCCAACAGCAACCUGUUGUCCUUUUUAAUGAAGGUCAGUCCUUUCUCAAAACGUUGAACGGUCCACAAGUACUCCCGUCUCCACAGGAUCCAUCACACCUUAUCAACUGAUACUCAGGCCUUCGGAUCUAAAACUUUCCUCCACGCAACCAUGACCUCUUCAGUCUUCUCCAACCUUGGGUUUAUGUGCUCUCUGAAUUUUAUCCUGCUGGUGUUGACUGGUUGGAGCUUGAGCAGUCCCAUCAGCUCUACCGUGAGCCAUCACAGGGCAUCGGCCAGUAGGGAUGUGGGUGACCAUUCACUUUUUGAUGCACAGGACUUUCUGAGCCAGUUUCUGUCCACACUUAACCUCACGGAGGUGGGGCCCAAGCCAAGGCCCCUCACUGCCCGUAAGGAGCCACCAGAGUACAUGCUGGAGCUGUACAACAGAUUUGCCAAUGACCACACUUCUGUGCCUUCAAGCAACAUUGUUCGCAGCUUCAAGAAUGAAGAUUCCUCCCCAUACAGUUUAUCGACCAGAGGUGUCAGGAUAUUUCCUCUGCUGUUCAACAUCUCCAUGCCCCACUAUGAGCAUAUAACAGUAGCUGAGCUUCGCCUUUUCACCCUGGUCCAGAAGGCCCAAAGACCGUUCCCUGGCCUUGACUGCAAGGUGACCAUUUACAAAAUACAUGAGGGCGUCGUUUGGACAGAAGAGGUGGGGAAAGAAGGGAGAAGGAGGAACAAAGAAAAGGUGGUGCAGACGAUGGAUUUGGAGGAACUGGUGACAACGCAUAUUCGUGCCAAACAUAACAGCUGGGUGUCAUUUGACCUGACACAUGUGGUUACUCUCUGGCAGAAAUCGGGGUGUGCAACUCACAGACUGGAAGUCCAUGUGGCAGGUCUGGUUUCAGCGGAAGAAGGAGAGGCCACACAAGAGGUCAGAGAGGAGAGUAAAAAUUUGGUUGAGCUUGAUAUUGACCGGAGCACGGAUGGAAAACAAAAUGCAGUCAUGAUCGUGUUCUUAGAUGAUCAGAGCAAAGACCACAAAGAGGAUAAAAAAGGGCUCACUCAGAUGAUUGAGCGCGAGAAUGACCUUCCUGAAAACAUGGGCCGGAGCCAACAAACUUUCUGGGGGCAUUUGAAUCACAACACUGGCCACGCAAACCAGGAUGACCUGGACAAGCAGUCACUCGUGCUACUGCAGUCCAACCUUAUCUAUGACACACCUCCCCGAAUCCGUCGCAAUGUUAAGAGCGGGCCAUGCAAGAGGACCCCGCUCUUUGUGGAUUUUAAAGACAUUGGCUGGGACACAUGGAUCAUCCAGCCUCUGGGCUAUGAGGCGUACGAGUGCAAUGGCGUGUGCAGCCCUCCUAUGACCUCCGAAGUCUCGCCCACCAAGCACGCCAUCGUGCAGACUCUGCUGAGUGUUAAGAGUCCAGAAAGAGCAUCGCGUGCCUGCUGUGUACCCACUAAACUGGAGCCCAUAUCACUUCUUUAUCAUGAUAACGGCGUGAUCACUUUCAAUCACAAGUACGAGGGAAUGGUGGUGGCAGAGUGUGGGUGCAGAUAGUCCUGAAAGUGCUGCUGCUGCUGCUACACAGAGACUGCUCAUUGCACAUGUCUUCUCCUGUGCUAGUAUCCACAAUAUCUAAGAUCUCAUACAGUGGUGUGCGUAUAAACACAGUUCUGGACCUAGUUGUGAAUGAGUGAUGGACACAAGUUGUGUGCUUAAUGUAAAUGUGCAAUUGUAUAAUUGUAUAAUUGUACAGUGGCUUGAAAAAGUAUGGGAACCCUUUGGCAUUUUCUGGUUUUCUGUAUGAUUGUGUCUGUUCUUCAGCAUAGCCACACAUAUUAAAAAACACAAUGUAAUAGAAUUUAAACUAUUUAAACAUUCACAGUAAUGAUGGGGUAAAGUAUGUGGACCCUUGGACUUAGUAACUUGUUAAAUCUUCAUUAAUAGCCUCAACCAAGUGCUUCUGGUAGCUGUGUAUUAGACCUGCACAUGUUUUAUGAGGAGUUUUUUUUAAACUAUUCUUCAGAAUAGCUUCAGCUCACUAAUUUUUUUCAUUUGUCUGAGCUUGUUUGAGGACAUUCCAUAGCAUCUAUGCUGGUCUGGUCUAUUGUCUUUAGUUGAAGCGAUUGAAUGAACGUGGAUUCACUUAAGUGUCCUUUGUCCUAUGACAUUUUUAUGUUUGUAUGUAAUGACAUUUUGAUGCCAUAUGUAAGUCUGUGAGUUCUUCCCAAACAAUCCCACCUUGGUUUCAUUAGGGCAUAAAAUAUUUUUCCCAGAAGCAGCAGUGGCUUCCUAAUGGACCCCCUGCAUGUUCAGUGUUUUGUGCCAGGAGGUAAGCAUUAAUCCUUGGAGUCUUCUUGACUGGUCGCCCACUUCUAGGCAGAACAGCAACAGUGCACAAUAAAUUGUCUACAUUUAUAGACAAAUUGUCUUUGUGACGACUUUGGAACCCUUACCAACUUCAUAGAAAUCAACAACUCUUAAUGGUAGGUAUUUUUGUAAGGCAUGGUUCAUAUUCUUGUGAAGAGCAAAAUCAAGAUGUUUAAAUGUUUCUUAUCAGCCAAAGUAGUUCUUAAUCACACCUCCAAACUUAUUUUGGAAGUCAUUAGUCUAAGGGUUUUCUUACUUUUUGUGUAAAACAGUUUAAUUGUUUGUCUGUUAUUAGCUCAGACAAACAAGAACAGAUCGCUUUUUAUGACAAAUUUAGUCAGAAACCAGAAAUUACAAAGGAGUCACAUACUUUUUAGCCACUGCAGUGCAGUUUUUACAUCAGUAGAGAAUGUAAAGCUUUCAUAGUACUGCUGCAAAUCUUCUUAAACUGUCUGUUGCGAUAUAUGAUAAGUAUUCGGUGAGUGUAUGUAUAUUACAGUGCAUUUAAAACAGAUUCCAUAAUUCAUUCAGUAACAGACCGUACAUCACACAAGGUGAACAAAAAGCACCUGUAGCAAAUAUCUGAACAUUAAACACUAAAUAUGUCUGCAUUAUUAAAGGGAGUCAGAAGGUUACAUUCAGCAGCACUGAAGGUAUAUGUCGAAAUGCAUGUGAGAUAAUAAGAUAUUAUUAUAUGUUAUUAAAGAGCAGUGAUUCAAGGUGCAGAAUCAGGAACUUAUUAUAUAUUAUUUCAGUAUUUCACGCUGUAUCUUUUUGUGUGAAUAGUCAUCACAGAUCUUUCUCCAAAAAAAUCCAAAAACCUUCCUGUGAUAUGUUUUAUUUUGGCAGAAAGUCCUAAUACAGAAGUUAAGAGGCUUUAACUUAUCCACUUAAACUGAACUAGUCCGAUAAUAAAAAUCUAGAGUAGGUACCAUAUCACAACAAGUUGCACUAUUGUUCUUAUGUUGUUGUUUUUUUAAUUCAAACUCUCUUUAAUUGAAUUGUAAUUGGCCAGUGAUGCUACAAUUCUAUAUAAGCAGAUGCAGAUGUGUAAAUUGCUUUUGUGCCCUGUUGCAUGCCGGAGCCAUGGAGAUUACUUCAAGACUGACAUUUCUCCCUUUUUACGCUUGCGGGAAAAUCUAUUUUUGAUGGCUUUUGAAAGGAGUGGAUUCUCGCUGUGUCUUGGAGCUCCUCUGAACCUCUGUUUCUGAAAAUAUUUAUAGAUUUCUAACACUGCUGUUAAUUCUGUAAAAUCUGUCUCUGUAUCUCAUAGCCAUACCCUGCUGCUUUUGGUUCUCACAUUU